GUCACAUGUGCCUGAACGAGGCCAGCAAUCGCCUCGAAACGGAUUCCGAGACAGUCUUAUCGCGUGUGUCAAUAGGACUUUGAGUUAUUCUUCUCGAUUAUAUCUUUUUUCCGCGUUUUAUAUUUUGAGCGUCGAAAUAAAAGAAGACGAAUAGGACUGCUGAAGGUGAAAAUGUAUAAGGCAAGGACAGUAUUCAGUACGCUGGCCCCUUUGGCGCCGCGCAUAUGCGGGCCCGAAAGAUACGCAUCCUGGGUGGUCCGUAGUCAUCCAUUGACUAGGACCAGCCAGUUGAUUUUCACGGAGCCCGCGCGCAAAUACAAUAGCCGAGUAGCAACCGAGCCCUUCUUGAAUGGCAGCACCAGCUCUUACGUGGAAGAGAUGUACAACGCGUGGCUGCAAGAUCCAAACAGUGUGCACGUGUCAUGGGAUUCCUUCUUUCGAAACAGCACCGCUGGAGCUGCCCCAGGAUUCGCAUAUCAGGCACCACCAUGCCUCGCUCCAAGUUACAAUCAAGUACCACUCAGUGCGUUGUUGCCCCUGAGUGGCGGAACACAACUCGGCCAGGCGCCUGUCAAUGAAAAAAUUAUUGACGAUCAUCUAGCGGUGCAAGCUAUCAUUCGUUCUUAUCAGGCUCGAGGUCACUUAGUUGCUGAUCUGGAUCCGCUGGGUAUUAUGCAAACAGACCUGAUACACACUCAUUAUGCAGCUCGCAAAGGAUCUCCAGAACAAGUGUUGCGACAGUAUAUGCUUGAGGAGUCGGAUAUGGAUCGUGUUUUUAAAUUGCCAUCCACCACAUUUAUUGGCGGCAAGGAGAAAUCAUUGCCGUUGCGUGAGAUCUUGAAACGGCUCGAAGCGGCUUACUGCGGUCACAUCGGUGUUGAGUUCAUGUUCAUUAACUCCUUGGAGCAAUGUAAUUGGAUCAGGCAAAAGAUGGAAACACCCGGAAUCAUGGAAAUGACGAAUGACGAGAAGAGACUUAUUUUAGCCAGAUUGACACGUGCAACCGGAUUCGAGGCAUUCUUGGCACGCAAAUGGUCCUCGGAGAAGAGAUUCGGUUUGGAGGGUUGCGAAAUUUUAAUUCCAGCUAUGAAGCAAGUGAUUGAUAAAUCCACAGAAUUGGGAGUCGAGUCGAUUGUCAUGGGUAUGCCUCACCGUGGUCGUCUCAAUGUUCUCGCUAAUGUCUGUCGUAAGCCAUUGAGUCAAAUUUUUACACAAUUUGCUGCUCUCGAAGCCGCUGAUGAUGGUUCUGGCGAUGUGAAAUAUCAUUUGGGCACUUACAUAGAACGUCUUAAUCGAGUGACGAACAAGAACAUUCGUCUGGCCGUGGUUGCAAAUCCAUCGCACUUGGAGGCCGUAGAUCCGGUGGUUCAAGGCAAAACACGCGCCGAGCAAUUCUACCGUGGCGAUGGCGAAGGCAAAAAAGUCAUGUCCAUUCUUCUUCAUGGAGAUGCUGCGUUCUGCGGUCAAGGUAUUGUCUUCGAAACAAUGCAUCUAUCUGACCUGCCUGAUUACACAACUCACGGCACUAUUCAUAUUGUUGUGAAUAAUCAGAUCGGUUUUACCACCGAUCCGAGGCAUUCACGAUCGUCGCCGUAUUGCACUGAUGUGGCCCGAGUAGUGAACGCACCCAUCUUCCAUGUAAAUUCUGACGAUCCCGAAGCCGUAAUGCAUGUGUGUAAAGUUGCGGCAGAAUGGAGGGCUACCUUCCACAAGGACGUUGUGAUCGAUUUGGUCUCCUACAGGCGCAAUGGCCACAACGAGAUUGACGAACCGAUGUUCACUCAGCCUCUGAUGUAUCGUAAGAUCAAGAAUACUUUGUCAGCCCUUGACAAAUAUGCCAACUCGCUCACCGAGAGUACUGUCGUAACUCCUGCGGAAGUUGAGGAUGUCAAAGCCAAGUACGAAAAGAUCUGCGAAGAAGCAUAUAACAAUGCUAGGCAGGAAACACAUAUUAAGUACAAAGAUUGGUUAGAUUCACCAUGGUCAGGUUUCUUUGAAGGAAAAGACCCGUUGAAGGUUUCGCCUACUGGCAUCAAGGAAGACACGCUUAUACAUAUUGGAAAGAAAUUCUCAUCGCCGCCACCGAAUGCUGCUGAAUUUGUUAUCCACAAAGGUAUCGAGCGUAUUUUGAAAUCUCGUAUGGAGAUGAUUGAGGCUAGAACUGUCGACUGGGCUCUUGGCGAAGCUAUGGCUUUCGGAUCUCUUCUCAAGGAAGGUAUUCACGUUCGUUUGUCAGGUCAGGACGUGGAGAGAGGCACGUUCUCUCACAGGCAUCAUGUAUUGCAUCAUCAGACUGUAGAUAAGGCAACUUAUAGGCCACUCUGUUAUUUAUAUCCUGAUCAGGCACCUUAUACAGUGUGCAACAGUUCUUUGUCCGAAUUUGGCGUUCUCGGAUUUGAGCUGGGUUAUUCUAUGACGAAUCCUAAUGCGUUGGUAUGCUGGGAAGCUCAAUUCGGAGACUUUAACAAUACGGCGCAAUGUAUAAUUGAUCAGUUCAUCAGCAGCGGUCAAGCCAAGUGGGUUAGACAAUCCGGUCUUGUUAUGUUACAACCGCACGGUCUUGAAGGAAUGGGUCCCGAACAUUCUAGUGCUCGUUUGGAACGGUUUCUUCAAAUGUCCGCUGAUGAUCCAGAUUAUUUUCCACCGGAAAGUGAGGAAUUUGCUGUUCGUCAGUUGCACGAUAGUAAUUGGAUCGUCGCCAACUGCAGCACACCAGCGAAUUACUUCCACAUUCUCCGACGCCAAAUUGCAUUACCGUUUAGGAAACCAUUGAUCCUGAUGACACCAAAGUCGCUGCUCCGUCAUCCAGAGGCUAAGUCUAACUUCGACUUGAUGCUAGAGGACACACAAUUCCUCAGAGUGAUACCUGAAGAAGGUACGGCGGUUCAGAAUCCCAACUGCGUCAAGAAAUUGCUGUUCUGCUCCGGAAAGGUCUAUUAUGAUCUGAAGAAAGCCCGCACAGAACGGAACUUAGAAGACAAAGUCGCGAUUGCGAGAGUGGAACAGAUCUCGCCUUUCCCGUAUGACCUUGUCAAGAUAGAGGCUGCUAAGUAUCCGAAUGCGGAGUUGAUCUGGGCUCAGGAAGAACCUAAGAACCAAGGCGCAUGGUCUUACGUGCAACCUAGGUUCCACACGGCGCUCAAUGGCAUCCGAAACGUAGUUAGCGCGUCAAACUCAAAUGGUCAAGGGUGGUUUGCCGGUUUGUUUUCGUCGACUAAACCGAUUGAAACCACAACUGUGUCAAAGCCGCAAGCAACAGAAUCAACGGAACCAAUGGAAUCAAAGCAAAGAACAGUGAGGUACGCUGGACGUCCCACUGCAUCGUCACCGGCCACUGGAAGUAAAAUGCAACACCUCAAAGAACUCAAACAGUUGCUCGAUGACUCCCUCAACUUUUAAUAAUCCUUUGUGGCACUACGUGUAGAACUGAAAGUUUAUUUAUUUUUCUCUUAUCUUAAUGUACACAUUAUGACAAUUUUUGUGUCUUGCUCGACAUACACCACAGAACAGAGAUUAUAUUAGCCGUUUAAAUGAUUUCUUCGAUCACAAUGGCGAAGUCCUAUUUAAAUUCGUAGCGCGCACAAAUGUUUCACUCGUUU